UGGAGGAGGGGGCGAAGGAGGCAGCAGGGGCGGCCUCCACUCCGGCUGCCCUGAGGGGAAGGAGCCCCCGACCAUGGAAAUCGAGAACAUCGUGGCCAACACGGUGCUGCUGAAAGCCCGGGAGGGCAAACGGAGUGGACGUAGUAAAAAAUGGAGGGAGAUGCUGAAGUUGCCGCCUGUUAGUCAAUGUGAAGGUAUUAGAUGCUCAAUUGAAAAAGAUUAUAACCAGCUUUGUGACAAGCAGCCGAUAGGAAGACUUCUCUUCAGGCAGUUCUGUGAUUCCAGACCAGACUUGAAAAGAUGCAUUGAAUUUCUGGAUGCAGUGGCAGAAUAUGAGGUAUCUUCAGAUGAAAAGCGCAUAGACUGCGGCCUGAAAGUCUUGGAGACCUACUUCACUAACGGGUCUGCAGCACACUUGCCAGAAAUACCUCAGGAAACAGUAAAUGAAUGUAAAGCAAGACUGGAAGAGAACCCUUCUAAAGAUCUUUUUGUGGAUUGUACUAGAAUUGUCCAUGAAUACCUGAGCAGGAGACCUUUUGAAGCUUACCAAGAAAGUGUGUAUUUUUCCCGGUUUUUACAGUGGAAAUGGCUGGAGAAGCAACCAGUAACCAAACACACGUUUAGGCAUUACCGAGUUCUUGGAAAAGGUGGAUUUGGAGAGGUGUGUGCUUGUCAAGUACGUGCAACAGGAAAAAUGUAUGCUUGUAAGAAGCUAGAAAAAAAGAGAAUAAAGAAGAGGAAAGGAGAAUCCAUGGCUCUAAAUGAAAAAAGAAUUCUGGAAAAAGUGAAUAGUAGGUUUGUAGUUAGUUUAUCCUAUACAUACGAGACAAAAGAUGCCCUGUGUUUAGUGUUAACCAUAAUGAAUGGAGGGGAUUUGAAGUUUCACAUAUAUAACAUGGGAAAUCCUGGCUUUGAUGAAGAAAGGGCUAUUUUCUAUGCUGCAGAACUGUGCUGUGGUCUGGAGGAUUUGCAGAAGGAGAGAAUUGUUUACAGAGAUCUGAAGCCUGAAAAUAUACUCCUUGACGACUGUGGACAUAUUAGAAUUUCAGAUCUUGGAUUAGCUGUGCAGAUUCCAGAAGGAGAAACGGUCAGAGGACGAGUUGGCACUGUUGGUUACAUGGCUCCAGAAGUGCUCAAAAAUGAAAAAUACACGUUCAGCCCAGAUUGGUGGGGUCUUGGUUGCUUAAUUUAUGAAAUGAUUGAAGGACAGUCACCAUUCAGGAAGCAUAAGGAAAGGGUCAAACGGGAUGAGAUUGACCGGAGAGUAAAGGAGGACCAAGAAACAUAUUCAGACAAGUUCUCUGAGGAGGCAAAAUCCAUUUGCAGGAUGUUACUUGCGAAAAAUCCAGGGGAGCGACUGGGUUGCACAGAAAAUGGAGCUGCUAUUGUGAAACAACAUCCUAUUUUCAAGAAUAUUAACUUCAAGAGGCUGGAAGCUAACAUGUUGGAGCCUCCAUUUUUGCCAGAUCCACGUGCCGUGUAUUGUAAAGAUGUCCUGGACAUAGAGCAGUUCUCUACAGUAAAAGGAGUGAACCUGGAUACUACAGAUGAUGACUUCUAUUCCAAAUUUGUUACGGGUUGUGUCUCAAUCCCUUGGCAAAAUGAGAUGAUUGAAACAGGAUGCUUUGAAGAUAUUAAUGCAUGUGAAACUGAUGGUACUGUGUCACCAGACAGAGAGAGGUCUCCUAAACCAAAGAGAGGCUUCUUUCACAGACUUUUUAGUGGAGAGGUCUGCUUUAAAUCUGAUUGCAGUGAUGAGGAGCAGGAGUCCUCUAGACUUUAAAUCACUUUACUGUCAUCAAAAAGGAUUAGCAAACUUUAAAUGUUUUAUAUCUCUGUAGCAAAGUGUAUUAUAUAUAUUUUUUAUGAGUUCAAGAAUUUUUGUACAUUUGUACUUCAUUUGUUUUAAGAUGUAUAUUUUUCACUAAAGCUUAAUUGUACAAAAAACGAGUGCCAUUUGAGUGUGUUUCUGUAUGUAUUUGAUUUAUUUCUUCUCCCUACCCCUGCAAUGGAAUGAAUCUAGAAAUAUUAAUAGGAUUUUAAAGGAGAGAAAGAACAUCUAUGGCAUAAACUUAAUUUGACUUUUUUUGCUCCUGGUAAAGAUCUUCUUGUUCAUUAGACUUUAUUAGCUGUUUUCUUAAGAGUAAAAUUGCUGUACUGAUAAAGUUCAUAAUUCUUGUAUUAUCUGGCUGCAUGGCAGUGCCAUCAUCUAAUGCAUCUCAAGAAAACUGCUAAGGAAAUAAAGGAAUUCAGUGCACUGUG